UGUCAUUGCUGUCACUGUGAAUAUUUUUGGUCGGCAAAUUUAUAGAAAAACAAAUGUGGAUUCGGCCUUUUUUCUAAAAGUUUAAUAAAACUUAAGGAUAACCAUACCAUUCAAAUAACAAUGAACUCGAUCAAGCGCAAUCUGCUACAUUUGGCGAAAAGGAACACUAUCUACAAAAUAUCACAAAAAUAUCUGUCGUCGGUCGAAGUGCAACAGAGACGUUCUGAACUUUUUUCGCUGGAACAACAUCGCCAGAAGGAAAAUGUUGGUCGAAUCGAAAAAAUCGAAAUUCGUUACCUAGGCCAGCCAAGCGACACCACUUUGAUCAUGAACAAGGGACUGUCAACACCUUUCAACUGUGCGCAACAUCUAGGUGAAAUGCACUGUAAUCGGUCCGCAUUAGCCUUAAUCGACAGCCAUACACCUUGGGACAUGCACCGACCACUGCAGGAUUCAUGUACGCUACAGCUUUUAAAUUUUAUGAUAUCCGAUCCGCAAUUGGUUAACCGAGUUUUUUGGCGAUCUUGUUCAUUUAUGCUCGGAGCCGUGUUACAAGGUUGCUUUAAAGAUGAAGCCCACCUGCAUCUGCACAGCUUUCCGAGUCCUAACGUCAAGACCGGCAGCUUUGUACACGACAUUUUCAUCAAAGAACCAUCAUGGGUACCAAACAGAGACGAGCUAAGAACAAUUGCAGCCGAAAUGCGAAAGUUGGCGGCAAAAAAUUUAAAAAUUGAACGCUUAGAUGUUAAUAUUGACUUGGCAUUGGAAAUGUUCAAGGACAAUCCAUUCAAGAAUGAACAGCUACCAUCUAUUAGCUCUACGUCUUCGGGAACCGUAACUAUCUACCGUGUUGGAGACCAUGUUGACAUAAGUCGUGGGCCAAUGAUUGGAUCCACUGGAUUACUCGGCAAAUGUUCUAUAACAUCCGUUCAUAGAAUAGCAUCGGAAUCCGACGGCGCUCUUUAUCGAGUGCAAGGUGUAGCUCUUCCCAUUGGUUUUCACGUAAAUCAUUUCGCUUACGGCAUACUGGAAGAUCGAUCGAGAAAAUUGAAUCCUGCCCGAUUGCCUCAUGAGCCGUAUGAAGACACGUUCCAAAAUCGGAUAGCUUAAAACCUAGUUUGUAAGAGUGAAUCGAAAUGUCUAGUAAGUUUCGAAGAUAAAAAAUAAACGAAAACAACAUCGGCAACCGAAAA